UGGCCCAGUGCAUCAAGCCGGGGCGGCAUGCCGAGGCAGGGCAUGGUCCAGGAUGAGUUUAAAAGAUGUCAGCAGUGCAGCUUCUCCAGAGAAUGUAACCUAUGCCCUUCAUAUCUAUCCUCAGCUCUCAAUAGAACACAGUUCCUGUUGCAGGGUAACAGCAACUAAGGAUGCCACAGCCACCGAGGUGAUUAAGGAUGUUAUCGUCUCCUUGAGUUUGGACCUAUCUAAGCAUUAUGUACUUGUGGAGGUGAAGGAGACAGGGGGAGAAGAAUGGGUAUUAGAUGGGAAUGAUCCUCCUGUCCAUAGGGUUCUGCUUUGGCCUCGCCGGGCCCAGGAUGACCAUCCUCGGGAAGAUGGUUAUUAUUUUGUUUUACAAGAGAGGAAUGCUGAUGGGACUAUCAAAUAUGUCCACAUGCAACAGACCUGCGAGGAAGAGAACCAGGAGGAAGCCCGGCGACUGGUUGAAAGGGGCUUCCUUCCUUGGCAACAUUUCAAUGAUAUGUGUAACCUCCCUAAUUUGACGGAGACCACCCUGUUGGAAAACCUCAAGCGGCGUUUCCUGAAACAGAAGAUCUACACCUACGUGGGCAGCAUCCUCAUUGCCAUCAACCCUUUCAAAUUUCUGCCCAUCUACAACCCCAAGUACGUCCAGAUGUACGAGAACCACCAACUUGGGAAGCUGGAGCCCCACAUCUUUGCCAUCGCUGAUGUAGCCUACCACGCUAUGCUGAAGAAACACAUGAAUCAGUGCAUUGUUAUUUCUGGCGAGAGCGGAUCAGGAAAAACCCAAAGCACAAACUUCUUGAUCCACUGCCUCACUGCCCUGAGUCAAAAGGGUUAUGCUAGCGGAGUGGAGAGAACUAUUUUGGGAGCUGGACCCGUGCUGGAGGCCUUUGGGAAUGCAAAGACAGCCCACAAUAACAACUCAAGUCGUUUUGGAAAAUUCAUCCAGGUCAACUACUUAGAGAAUGGCAUUGUCCGAGGGGCUGUGGUUGAAAAAUAUCUCCUUGAAAAAUCUCGCUUGGUGUCUCAGGAAAAAAAUGAAAGGAACUACCAUGUAUUUUAUUAUUUGCUGCUUGGUGCCAGCGAAGAAGAGCGCAAAGAAUUCCACCUCAAGCAGCCUAAAGACUACUUCUACCUCAAUCAGAAUAACUUGAAAAUUGAAGAUGGAGAAGACCUCCAGCAUGAUUUCGAACGGUUAAAGCAAGCCAUGGAAAUGGUUGGUUUUCUUCCAGCAACAAAGAAACAAAUUUUUUCAGUGCUUUCUGCUAUUCUCUACCUGGGAAAUGUUACUUACAAGAAAAAGGCAGCAGGUCGAGAUGAGGGCCUGGAGGUGGGACCUCCUGAAGUGCUAGAUAUUCUCUCACAGCUUCUGAAGGUACCUCACAUCUUUCUACAUUAUAAUUAUUGUGUUGGGCAGAGAAGACCCCCCCUGAUCAUUGGGCACAAAAAAAGAUCAUUCACUUUACCCCUGUUAAAUAGCAUUGAAAAAAUGCAUAUAAGAAUGCAGUGGUACCUUAGUACUCAACUGCUUUGA